AUGUAGUAGUUAAAAACAAAAAUAAGCUGUUAAGCUUUUCCUAAGCUAGGCCAGUAUAUCAAAUAAAGCAAGGAGAAUAGGAUCUAAAUAGACUAGGAUAACUCAGAUAUUGAUGAUUUGAGUGAGAUCAGCGACUCAAGGGAGAUGACACUCAAAUACUCUGAUAAUAUCUCUCUUGAUGAAUUAACACCAAUAUGUACUCAAGUUUAAUUCUUAAGAACAGAGACUAACAACUAAUUGAUUACUCAGAAUCAGAAUGGAACAUCAGUAUUUAAUACACCUAACAACUACUGUUAGUAGACAACAUCAAGAUAUGAGACUGAAGUUAUAUAAGAAGGAUAAUAUAAAAUUAAUGAUCAAGGUAUCCAAAAGCAAGCAUUUGAGAUGUACAGCCCUAGCUUGAUGGAUAAUGAAGAAAGUCAGCAUGAGGAGUAAUUGAUGUCUACUUCCCAAUAGUUUCAAAACAUCGAAACUAAUGGCUAUGAGAAUGUGUUUUUGCAAAAUACUGAGAGCCAAACCAAUUAAAACUUGGAAGAAUGCAAUAACAAGAAUCAGAAUAUUAAAAAUUAUUAAGAAUUGUACGAACUUUAUCAACAGCAUCAUAUAGAUUAACAAUAUCUAGAGCAAGCAAUUUAGUAAGAUGAAGUUGAAGAAGAGCAUUUUUCUCCCCAAAGAAAAGUAAAUAGAACUCCCAGUGACUUAUUAAGGAUGACUUAACAAUAAUUAAGUAAUCAAGACAACCAUUUUAUACAAAUAGAUCAAGAUAAUCAACAUUUCUUAGAUUAAAUGGGUACAAAUUUAUAAAAUAAAAACACUAAUGCUAACUUUUAAAAUGCAGACUAUAGACAAAAGAUAGUGAUAUAAUCACAACAGUAAUUUGCAAAUACAUUAAAUCUUAAGAACCUCAAUGGUAAAAGUAUCAAUAAUGCUUAAAAUAUUAGACAGAAUGAAAAAAAUAGUAUUACUGUACAAUCAAGAAAUCCUUACAAGCGAGACUUGAGUAAUAAAAAAUUGAAUAGCCAAUUGGAUAGCAAUAAUAAUUGCAUUUAUGAUAGUAUGUCCACCACCAAAGAUAAAUAAUUCACAAGUAGAGUAUAAGGACUAGGGAAUUAUUUAUGCCCACCUCCAUUUGACUAGCUAUUCAGUCAUACAGAGGACUAAAGAACUCUUAAAAAUGAGUUAUAGCUGUAGAAUCAAAAUAAUCAGUUCUUUAAUUAAACAAUUGAUGAUAACAGAUAUGGCUCAAAACUAAAUGAUCAAUAGAAAUACAAUUUAAAUAAUAAAUCUAAACCUACUGCAAAAUCUCCACCUCAAUAGCAUUAUUCUAAUCAUGAACUAAUCAAUUCACCUGAGUAAAAAUCUCAAUAAACCAUUAAUGAUCAUAUCAGAUCUCAAUUAUUCAAGCUAUUUCAAAACUAUUCAGAUACAUCAUAUAAUUCUGGCAAUACGAGAAUGAUGGUAUCAAAGGUUGUCAAAUAAUCGAAUGUCUAGAAAAUAAUGAUUGACUUUAAUUAAUUUUUGAAUAUCAUCCUUUAUAUUGCAAAGAUCAGAUACCCUCAAUUAUUUUAACAGAGCUCAAAAUAGGCCUUAGAUUUCUUAAUUAAUUCAUUCUUGAUGCCACUUUAGAAUACUUUAGACUUAAAAAUUUCUCAGCUAGAGUACAAAGCCUCAAUCUCUGAAACACACACGAAUAAAAAAUUAGAAGAGAUGCUAGCAAAGAUCUCGCUCAAUUCUCUAAACCAGUUUCUUAGAGAUUUUGAAAUCUGUCCCCGUUAUGUUCAUUAACGUGCUUGUAUCCUCAUAUGGAAUCAUAUCCUAAACACUAAAGAUAGCUAUAUAUAAGAUGAAAAUAAGUAUAUUAAUGGCAACAGUUAAAACAACAACUACAAGUCAUCAAUCAUUUAAAAGUAAAGGUUUAGGAUUGGUGCAUUCUUCACUUUUGAAGACUUCCUGCAGUACUUAUUCAAAUUGGCUUUUGUCUUAUCCUAAUAGCAAAUUGACCUUAAUCAAAAUUCACUCAAGCUUUUGUAUCUACUCACUAAGCUUGAAAAUGAGGAUGCAAUCAGGAAGUAUAUGUAAAGAAAUCAGAGACCAUACAAUCAAAUAAUCAGAUUUAUACCAUCAGCUAGUACACUUUGCAGAAUAUUUGGCCUAAAUGGAUGUGAAAAAUAUCAUGUGAGUGACAUCCUAUCUCAUUUGAUACUGAAGAGUAAUAGUAAUGGUGCUAUUAAAAUGAGUGGGAUAAGUUCAAGAUUCAGCAGUCAAAGAGCAAGUUUGGCAAGUCCGAAUUCAAGUUCUUAUAGAGAUGGAGGAGUAUUAUCAAAUAUAAAACGAGAAAAUUAAGAAGAAUAGGCAGUAGAUGAUACAUUAAAAGUAACUAAAUAUCUUUAGGAAGUCAACGAUGAAUUAAAAAAGUAAAGAAAUAACUCUAGAGAAUCAAUGCUUAGGUCCGCUUAUUCAAUUAAAACUAAAGGUCGCAUUAGCAGUAAUAUAAGAUCUCCUAUUCAAAGAAUAAAUGAUUAUGAACAACGAAGUGUUAGUAAAUAUUCCAAUAGCAUAGUUUCAUCCCGAGCUAGUUCUCCUUACAGAUCAGUCCUUAUCUAAAAUAACAAAUUAAUGAACUUUGAUGUCUUUAAAAACUCUCUCUUCUAAAUCUCUAAAAUACUUCUUCCAAAUGGGACUCAAAUUGAUCAGUUGAAGUUUCUAAUUGAUGAACAUUUAUUGAAUCUCUUAGAAAAAGAUAAUGACAAGAGAAAUCUUUAGAAUAAAUUGUUAAAGCAUUCAUUAAUCCUACUUGACUCAUAAAAGGUGAUACAAAUAAUGUCUGACAUGCACAAUGAACUCAGUUAUUUCUACAAGAUAUAUACAAAUAACACUGCUCAUAUGAAUUUUGAUUAGUUUAUAGUAUACUGUGGAGAUCAUGGCAUAUUUCCAUAGAUCUGCCCCAAAAGUUUACUUUAUAAAAUUUUCUUCAUGCUUGCUGAUUAUAGCGACUUGAAUCAUCCUAAUGAAAAUUAAAAUCCAUAAACUAUAAAAGAAACUGAUUUACAGCAGUCAUACUAUAAAACUGCUAAUGCCCUACGUACUCCUUUCGGCAAUAUUCCACUUAAGGAUCAUAAUAAUAUAGGAAACUCUUUAAGUAGCAGAAAUAAUCAACAUAAUAUGAGGUAAUCCAGCAAAGAGAGUGCUUAAAGUAGCAAUAAAAAUCAUCAAUCUAAAACUUAUAAUGAGGUUGUGAUUGACAUUCAUCUUUUUGUUGAAGCCCUAGGCAUAAUUGCUUUAUAAAAAGAUUCAUCAACUGUUGCACUUGCAGCUCAUCAAAACUCAAAUUAAAAUUAGAACCACAAGCCAAUCUUGAACUUUUAAACUAUAGUAUAAAAGGAAUUCACACUUAAUGAAGAUUAAGUAGUGCAUAAAAUACUUGAAUUAAUUGAAAGGAUUAGUUAGUCUGAAGGAGUAAGAAAACUUCAGCAGCGAGAAGUAUCACAUUCUAUCAAGGGCUGCUCUAAAGAUAGUAAAAAUAUCCUGCUUUACUUUAAGAAAAAGUAUAAGCCUUACUUUAUUGAGAAGUAUGGCGAGGACAUUUAUUUAGAAUAAGCAUGCGCAAGUAAUUAUGUGUUAAAGAAAAAUAAAAGCCUUGAAUUUGAUGAUGUAUUCGAAAUGAUCUCAGACGGUGGGGAAGACCUAUCAUUGUUGAUAUAAAAAUAAUCGUAACUUUAGCAGUUCAAUCAAAUGCAAUACUUUAAUUAAAACUAUAAUAAAGCAUGA